AUGGAACACCGAUUACAAGACAGCAUCGGAUUCGACCAACUCGCUUGGAUACUCGCCACCCUCAUACUGCUGUCCUACCUCCUCCCAUCCAUCCUCAACCCGGACCAAUGCUGGCUGAUCCACCCGAUCAUCCUAGCCCAUCAGGCAACGUUCUCUCCGACUCGCAAACAGUCUGAAACGCCGACGAUCACCAACUCGGGCGCAUCCCCACAUUCCUUGUCUGUUACACCAGAUCGCUCGGUUAAGUCGCUAUACGAUCUUUUGCUCAAAGCCCAGGGAAAAUUACAGCAGAUCGGCCUCCAUUCGAUCGUUCCGCAGAAUGUUUCUCUCAAGACGCUGAUCUCCAAUGCCCGCAAUCAUCUUUGGUCGAAAACCAAAACCGGAAAUGAUCCAGACCAUCCACAGGUAUUAAUACUUUGCGUGGAUCCGUAUCUCAAGUUAGUCCUUUCGUUGGCUGCGGCGACACUCCCGAUGGUGACGAUGGUAGGAGCCCCUAAGCUCUCCGGGACGAUGUCGGUGGAAGCCAAACGUGCUUUGGAGCCCUGCCUCGACCAUCUAUCGUUGGUGAUCUCCGAUCUGUCAACAGAUGUUGUUCAGGAAUUGUUGGGACCAAAGCUGCGAGCAAACUGUGAAAUUUUGUCUGUCAGCGAUACUUCUGGUUGGUUCCAGCCAAAUGAAACUGAGAAAGCGGCCCCUGUGAACCUAUCUGAGCUUUCUAAAGCAAGACUGCGGAUUGUUCAUCAUUCAACUAAACCGGAAAAGGAGCCCCAAAUAUUCGAAUUCACGCCCGAAAACCUACUGGCUGGGAUUACCGGAUCGCUUGGCCUAUUUCCGUUGGCCGGAAAGUUAACAGCCAAAGAUACAAUCGCAUUGGAGUUCGGAGAGGACGAGAACAUCUGGGGAUGUGAAAGUUCGAUAGCAGUGGCGGGGCUUUAUGCUGGUGCCGACGUCUAUUUUGUCAACGGGUUCAAGCAUCUGUCCGAGUGUAAACCCACCGUGCUGGCCAUUAAAGCGAUGACCGCCCAGAUCCUGGCAGAGGAGAUCGUCCAGCUCAGCAAGCUGAGCUUCCUCAAAAAACUUGCAAUAGGACGGCGGUUGUACCAGGUUUCCAGCGGAAUGCUAGGCAGUCCAUUACCUGAGACCAAUCAAUGGGUCGGCCCCAAGCUACGAGCAAUCUUGACAAACGACCCUAUCUCACAAUCCUCAGCAACAUUGAUUCGUGCGGGAUUCGGGGCGAGUUUACAACGAUUAUAUGUGCAUCCGGUGGCCGCAGGCCCAGUACUCGCGGGGCAGCAGUACGAUUUCCAGUUCGUCCAGCCGCACCGGCCGGCGACACAGGCGAUGAUUCCGUGCGGGCCACCGGCAGUGAAUGUAGAGUGCAAGAUUGUUGAUGUUCCUGAGCCUGCGCUGGUCAACCACGAUGCCUGGAAGGGCAAGCUACUUGUCCGCGGCCCUUCCAUCGGAACCGAAUCGGCCUCCGCUCAGCAAAGCUCUGGUAGUGCCAACCAGCCCUUCUACGCCGUCGCUGAGGUCGCUCAAGUGCUUCCUAACGGCACUUUUCUUGUCUUUUCUCCCGCAGUAACAGGAGAUGAUUGA